AUGACCACCACUUACAUCCACGACGACACCCGGAACCCCAUCAUGAAAUUAGUCGAUGGAACCCCAUCCGCCCCAUGGGCCCUCAGAGCAGGCCACAUUUACCCGAGGAAGGCCCUCUCGCCAGGCCUUGUCUACGAUCUCGUCACUGACGACUACAUCGCCUUCGUCUGCUCCCUCAACUACGCGAUCAAGCAGUACAUGCGCGAGGUGACCAAUGUGGAGGACGCCGGGUCGGUGUACAAGGUGAUGGUGGAGGCGCCAAGCACAGUUGUGGUGAGGGUGAGGGUGAGGCCAAGGAGGCUAGUGUUUAGGAAGGUGGGGGAGAAGCAGAGGUACAGGGUGACGUUCGCGGCAAGCAACAGGAUGGACGAGGCUCACGGUGGGUCAAUCACAUCGAGGGACCGGCAGCAUCACGUGAGGAGUCCAGUCGGGUUCCUGUGGGGAGAACCGUGA